CAAAUAUUCAACAGAGUUAAAAAAAAAAAAAGAAUAAUUUUAUUUUUUAAAGAGAAAAAAAAAUCAAUUAAGUGAAAAAUGGAUUCUCAAAAUGCAAGCUACCAAGCCGGUCAAGCCAAGGCCACCACCGAGGAGAAAGCUAGCAACAUGUCAGAAAAGGCUAGUUGUGCUGCCCAAUCUGCAAAGGAAUCCAUGCAAGAGGCUGGAUCACAAAUGCAAGAAAAGGCAAAAGACACAAUGGACUCAGUCAAGGAAGCCACUGGAAUGAACAAAUAAAGCACCUAAGUUUGAGCUUUUAUUAUUAGCUAUAAGUAUAAAUGUAGUUAUAAUCUUAUUAUUAUUAAUAAUAAGUGAGUGAAUUAAGCUUGCAAAUGAGCUGCUUUAUGAACUAAUAUCGUUAUUAUGAAUGUAAGAUAACUAUUUUUUA